AUGGUGAAUUGCUGCACUUCAGACCUAACAAGCGGUGAAGAAUGGGAUGCCCGAUCGAAAGUGGCGCUGAUUCACUGCUAUCGUGAUGAGCCGUGCAUUUGGAACACGAACAUCAUCUACCGUUUCGAUGCCGAUCGUCGUCACGAUCUGAAUGAAGCGUGGAAACGAAUAGAACAACGCAUGAUCGUUAUGGGUUACAAUUUUGAACUGCCACAGCUGAAAAAGAAGAUGAAGCAGCUGAAAGACCAGUUCAGUCGUGAGAACAAAAUGUUUGAAGAUCACAGCUCAAAAUGGCAGUUCUACGAAGAAAUGCGUUUCCUGAAUUUGGAAGAAGCGCCCAGGUACUGGUAUGCUUCUUGCUUUUAUCAACGCGUUGUUCAGUUC